AUGGUGCAGAAAUACCAGUCGCCAGUGCGGGUGUAUAAACACCCCUUUGAAUUAAUUAUGGCUGCCUAUGAAAGGAGGUUUCCUACUUGUCCUUUGAUUCCGAUGUUCGUGGACAGCGACACCGUGAGCGAGUUCAAGAGUGAGGAUGGAGCUGUUCACGUGAUUGAGCGGCGCUGCAAGCUGGAUAUAGACGCUCCCCGACUGUUGAAAAAGAUUGCUGGAGUUGAUUAUGUUUAUUUUGUCCAGAAAAACUCGCUGAACUCUCGGGAACGUACUUUACACAUCGAAGCCCAUAAUGAAACGUUUUCUAAUCGGGUCAUCAUUAAUGAACACUGCUGCUACACCGUUCACCCCGAAAAUGAAGACUGGACAUGUUUUGAGCAGUCAGCCAGCUUGGAUAUUAAAUCUUUCUUUGGUUUUGAAAGUACAGUGGAGAAAAUUGCAAUGAAGCAGUAUACCAGCAACAUUAAAAAAGGCAAGGAGAUCAUUGAAUACUACCUUCGUCAGCUCCAAGAGGAAGGUAUCACGUUUGUGCCCCGCUGGACACCACCUUCUGUCGCACCCUCCUCAGAGACUGCUUCCUCCUGCAAGACACAGACAGCAUCCACCGUCACCGCCGUGCCCCCCGACACUGCCCCGACGGAAGGGCUGAGCAAUGAGGCACUCAGCACCUCAGGCGGGGCCCCCGAGCCAGUGGUGGGAACCCCUGACGACAAAUUAGACGCAGACUACAUCAAGAGGUACCUGGGAGACCUAACUCCGCUGCAGGAGAGCUGCCUCAUCAGACUUCGCCAAUGGCUGCAGGAGACCCACAAGGGCAAAAUCCCCAAAGAUGAGCACAUUCUUCGGUUCCUGCGUGCUCGAGACUUCAACAUUGACAAAGCCAGAGAGAUCCUAUGUCAGUCACUGACGUGGCGGAAGCAACACCAGGUGGACUACAUUCUGGACACCUGGAACCCGCCGCAGGUCCUUCAAGAUUACUACGCAGGGGGAUGGCACCACCACGCCAAAGACGGGCGACCCCUCUACGUGCUCCGGUUGGGACAGAUGGACACGAAAGGCUUAGUGCGGGCGCUCGGCGAGGAGGCCCUGCUGAGAUACGUUCUCUCCAUCAAUGAAGAAGGGCUGAGACGGUGUGAAGAAAACACUAAAGUCUUUGGUCGACCUAUCAGCUCGUGGACUUGCCUGGUGGACCUGGAAGGGUUGAACAUGCGGCACCUGUGGAGGCCCGGCGUCAAGGCCCUACUGCGCAUCAUCGAGGUGGUGGAGGCCAACUACCCCGAAACACUGGGCCGCCUCCUCAUCCUGCGUGCUCCCCGAGUCUUCCCUGUGCUCUGGACGCUGGUUAGUCCGUUCAUUGAUGACAACACCAGAAGGAAGUUCCUUAUUUACGCAGGAAAUGACUACCAGGGUCCUGGCGGCCUGCUGGACUACAUCGACAAGGAGAUUAUUCCAGAUUUCCUGAGCGGAGAAUGCGUGUGUGAAGUGCCUGAGGGUGGGCUGGUCCCCAAGUCUCUGUACCGGACGGCGGAGGAGCUGGAGAACGAAGACCUGAAGCUGUGGACCGAGACCAUCUAUCAGUCCGCGAGUGUCUUCAAAGGGGCCCCGCACGAGAUCCUCGUCCAGAUUGUAGACGCCUCUUCGGUGAUCACCUGGGACUUCGACGUAUGCAAGGGGGACAUUGUCUUCAACAUCUACCACUCCAAGAGGUCACCCCAGCCCCCCAAGAAGGAAUCCCUGGGUGCUCACAGCAUCACCUCCCCCGGCGGGAACAACGUUCAGCUCAUAGACAAGGCCUGGCAGCUGGGCCGCGACUACAGCAUGGUGGAGUCGCCGCUUAUUUGCAAAGAAGGCGAGAGCGUGCAGGGUUCUCAUGUGACACGCUGGCCUGGCUUCUACAUCCUUCAGUGGCGUUUCCACAGCAUGCCUGCGUGCGCUGCCACCAACCUGCCUCGUGUGGAUGACGUGCUGGCCUCCCUGCAGGUGUCCUCACACAAGUGCAAAGUCAUGUACUACACUGAGGUCAUCGGGUCCGAGGACUUCCGGGGCUCCAUGACCAGCCUGGAGUCCAGCCACAGCGGGUUCUCGCAGCUGAGUGCCGCCACCACCUCCUCCAGCCAGUCCCACUCCAGCUCCAUGGUCUCCAGGUAG